GGUAUAUAGCCUAUAUCCGAGUAUGGAGUAACACUCCAAAAACGCUCACCGUGCCGGUGCCCAACUCAUAAGCAAAUUGAAUUCCUUUAGAACCUCUGGAAUCUGGAACCUCUCAUAUGUCAUACGCAAAGCUCGAAUUGCAGAAGCUCGUUCCAGGAGAAACAGAGUAAACACAAGAGUAGGAGACCUCUGGUUUGUGCUACAAUUCACUAGGAUGUUCUUCAUAGGCUCAUAGCCAUGUUCUUCCCUCCCCCCUCCACCUUGAGAGUUUUUUCUUGCAUUUUAAUCCGUGUGCAAGCUCUGCGCUAUAGGUACAUGUGCACCUUCUAAUUUGCGCAAAUUGUUAGAGGUUACCACCUCCUCCUCUACUUGUCUUCCUUCCUCACAUCGUUCCUGGUGGUCAUUGUCUUUUCAUGGCCCUCUGGUUACCCGGUGGUUGUCAGCUGAAGCCCCAAAUCAGGGUUUCUUCGACGACUUUCAUUCCUCUUCCUGCUCAAUCACCCCUUCUCUUCUACAAGCGAAAUUUUAAGAAUCUCAAACUGAUGAAUUCAAUCACCACAACACCUCAAGCUUCAUUGGCUGACGACAACGGCUCUCCUGCUAUUUCUGCCUCUCAUAGCACCGGUGAUCAUCCUUACUGUCGAGUUGGGGAGGUGAAGAGAGUAACUAAAGAGACAAAUGUGUAUGUGAAGAUAAACUUGGAUGGUAGUGGGGUAGCUGAUAGCAGUACUUCAGUCCCUUUUCUGGAUCAUAUGCUGGAUCAACUAUCUUCUCAUGGGCUAUUUGAUGUACAUGUGAGAGCUACUGGUGACAUUCAUAUCGAUGAUCAUCACACUAAUGAAGAUGUUGCACUUGCCCUUGGAACGGCUUUGCUACAAGCUCUUGGUGACAGAAAAGGAAUCAAUAGAUUUGGUGACUUCUCUGCUCCUCUGGAUGAAGCUCUGAUUCACGUCGCCCUGGAUUUAUCUGGAAGGCCCCAUUUGAGUUGUGAUCUACAAAUACCUACUGAGAGAGUUGGAACAUAUGAUACCCAGCUUGUGGAGCACUUUUUCCAGUCUUUGGUCAAUACUUCUGGCAUGACGCUUCAUAUUCGUCAGCUUGCUGGGAAAAAUUCUCACCACAUUAUUGAGGCAACUUUUAAGGCUUUUGCCAGGGCUCUCAAGCAGGCUACAGAGUAUGACCCUCGUCGUGCAGGGACAGUGCCAAGUUCGAAAGGGGUUCUAUCACGUGCUUAAUGACAAUAUCAUUAGAGGAAGUCUGCCCAAGGUAAAAUCAGGGCUUCGCAGCUCCAUGAUUCCUUAACUUCUUCAAGUAUUCUAUCAUAGUAUUGGCAGCAGUACGCCUGUAUUUGUUUGCUUUUUUUGGUGGUUCAAAUAAAUCGUUGUUUUGCUUAAUUUAAAGCACACCCAUAGUUAAAGAAAGGCUCCCAUUAUUGGGUGCUACAUUUGUCUAUAUUGGGUGUUGGACUACGAGGAUUAUGAUCAAGAAUCUGUUUUUUUUUUUUGUAAGAACUCAGAGCUGUUUCUUUGUCCAUAAUUGUGGCAAGUUUUGCAGAAGUGGAACAUUGUAAUACUCUGAUAUGAAAAUUCAGUAUAUAUGAUUUGUAGAA